CCCAGUCUUGACAACAAUUAAUCUAAAUUUACUACAAUACCUAUUGAAACAUAUUUCACAUGUAUAUGUGUGUGCACAGGUGUAGGAGGUGCCGCUAUUCACAAUGAGGUUCAUAUUCUCAUUGUGUGUUUCAAUUCUGCUACUGUAUGGUGAAAUAACUGACGGACAAUUAACAGACCCUUGCAACAGCUACAAUAUUCUGGAUGAUCCUCGAAGAGCCACCAACAAUCAAUAUUCCUCUCAAAUAAUGUGUGACUGUGAGGUCAGCUGGAGCGGCUGGUACCGUCUCUUCAUUCAGGGUCAGGGCGUUCACAUGCCAGACACAUGUGUUGAUCAGGACAGCUGUGGCACUCAUGCUCCACUCUGGCUGAGAGGAGGACAUCCAACAGUUGAGGAUGGAGUGGUCACUCGAGAUGUCUGCGGGCACUAUGACAAUGACUGCUGCUCUUUUCUGUCCAAUCCCAUUAAAGUCAAAGCCUGUCCAGGAGAUUAUUAUGUCUAUGAGUUUGUGAAACCAGCUUUCUGCUAUUUAGCAUAUUGUGCAGAUGCAACAAACAUCAACACUACAUAUACAAUUACGACUGUGGUUCCUCCUGUUGACCCCUGCAACAACUACAAUGUGGUAGAUGAUCCAUGGAGAGCCACCAACAAUCAAUAUAACUCUGAAAUAAUGUGUGACUGUGAAGUUAGCUGGAACGGCUGGUACCGUCUCUUCAUUCAGGAUCAGAGCGUUCAGAUGCCAGACACAUGUGUUGAAGAGUAUAGUUGUGGCACUCAUGCUCCACUCUGGCUGAACGGAAGACAUCCAACAGUUGAGGAUGGAGUGGUCACUCGAGAUGUCUGCGGUCACUGGGACAAUAACUGCUGCCAUUUCCAAUCCAAUCCCAUUAAAGUUAAAGCCUGUCCAGGAAAUUAUUUUGUUUAUGAGUUUGUGAAACCCGCUUUCUGCUCCUUGGCAUACUGCGCAGCUGUAGCAAACAUAAACACUUCCUAUACUACUGUCACGCCGAUGAAAACCUCAACAAUAGCCACUACAAUCAUGGACUUUACUGAUAUUGGGAACAACAGCAUUUCCUAUACUACUGUCUUGAUUGAAACCUCAAACAUAAAAACCACAUUAAUAGAAACAACAAUCAUGGUCACUGGUAAUGCAGAAAGUACUACCACCGAGCCCACAACAACAAACCACAGCACCAUAACUCCAGAAAGUCCCACAAAGGAGACCACAAUAAUAAGCAGCAGCACUACAACUCCCGAAAGAUCAUCAACACAGACUACAACAACAGAUAGCACCUCUACCGGCACCAUAACAACAGAAAGUACUACCACAGGUACCACAACCGAUAUCACAACAACAGACAGCAAGACCAACACAGAAAGUACAACCUCUGGCAUGACCACUCCAGGAAGUACUACCACAGAAACCAUAACAUCAGAAAGCACCACUACUAUCACCACAACUCCAGACAGUGCAACAACAGAGACCACAAUGGCAGAAAGUAAGACCACUGGCACCACUACUGCAGAAACUAUUGCCACAGAGACCACGCCAACAAGUAUCACCACCAGUACCACCACCACACAAGAAAGCACAACAACUGAGACCACAACAACAGAAACUCCCAGUACUACAACUUCAAAAAUUACAACAACAGAGACCACAACACCAGAAAGCAUAACAACUAAGACCACAAAAUUAGAAAGUACCUCCGCAGGCACAAAAAUGGAAACCACAACAAUAGAAAAUACCAGCCUCGGUACAACAACUGAGACCUCAACAAUACAAAGUACCACAACAGGCACCACAGCUGAGAUCACAACAACAGAAGGGACCACCACUCCAGACAGUACUACCACAGAAACCACAACAACAGAAAGCACCACCACCAGCACCACAAGUCCAGAAAGCACCACAAUAACAGAAAGUACAACCAUUGGCACCACCACUCCACAAAGCACAACAAUGAAGACCAAAAUAACAGAAAGUACCCCAACAGGCACAACUGAGAUCACAACAACAGAAGGAAUCAUCACUCCAGAGAGUACUACAACAGAGACCACAACUCCAGAAAGCACCACAAUGACAAAAAGUACAAUCACCGGCACAACCACUUUAGAGAGUACAACAACGGAGACCACAACAACAGAAAGUACCACCUCCGGCACAACAGCUGAGACCACAAGAGUAGAAAGUACCACCACAGGCAGCAACACUAAUAUCACAACAAAAGAGGGUACUACCAAUCCAGAAAGUACUACCACAGAGACCACUGGCACAACUAUUGGCACCGCAGCAACAGAAAGCACCACCACAAGCACCACAACUGAGAUCACAAAAACAGAAGGCACCACUAGCCCAGAAAGUACUACAACAGAGACCACAACAACAGAAAGCACCACAAUUAAUACCACAACUCCAGAAAGCACAACAAUGACAGAACACACCACCACUGGCACAACAACCGAUGCCAUAACAAUAGAAAGUGCCACCACAAGCACCACAACUGUCAUCAAAACAACAGAAGGAACCACCACUCCGGAAAGUACUACCACAGAUACCACAACAACAGAAAGCAGCACCACCAGUACCACAGCUCCAGAAAGCACCACAGUGACAGAAAGUACAACCAGUGUUACCAACACUCCAGAAAGUACAACCACGAAAAACACAACAACAACAAUUAGCACCCCUGGCACAACAACUGACACCACAACAGACACCAUAACAACAGAAAGAACCAUCACUGGUUCUACAACUCCAGAAAGUACAACAACAGAGACCACAACAACAGAAAGUACCAUCCCCGGGAAAACAACCAAAACCACAACAAUAGAAGGUACCACCACUGGCACCACAACCCUAGAAAGUACAACAGAGACCACAACAGCAGAAAGCACCACAACGAAGACAACACCAACAGAAAGCACCACCACAGGUACCACAACAACAGAAAGCACAACAACCGGUACCACAACUCCAGAAAGCACCACAAUGACAGAAAGUACAACCACUGGCACCACCACUUCAGAAAGUACAACAACAGAAAGUGCUACAACAGAAAGUACCACCCCUGCUACUACAGCUUCAGAAAGUACAACACUGAAAACCACAACGAAAGAAAGCACCACAACAGACACUACAACAAAAGAAAGCACCACUACAGUUACCACAACAGCAGAAAGCACAACAACCGAAAGUACCACAGGUACCGAAACACCAGAAAGCACAACAACUGAGACCACAACAACAGAAAUCACCACCACAGGUACCAAAACACCAGAAAGCACAUCAACUGAGAACACAACAACAGAAAGCCACACCACAGGUACCACAACACCACAAAGCACAACAACUGAGACAACAAUGGAAAGCACCACCACAGGUACCACAACACCAGAAAGCGCAACAAUAGAAAGUACCACCACAGGCACCACAAAAGACAACAUAACAACAGAAAGCACCACCAUUGUUUCUACAACUCCAGAAAGCACAGCAAUGUUAGAAAGUGCAAUCACUGGCACCACUACUUCAGAAAGUACAACAACAGAGACCACAACAAAAGAAAGUACCACCCCUGGGACAACAAGCAAGACCACAACAUUAGAAAGUACCACCACAACUGACAUCACAACAACAGAAGGCCCGGCCACUAUAGAAAGUACUACCAUAGAGACCACAACUUCAGAAAGCACCAAAAUGACAGAAAGUACAACCACUGGCACCACCACUUUAGAAAGUACAACAACAGAAAGCACUACAACAGAAAAUACCACCCCGGCUACUACAACUCUAGAAAGCACCACAAUGACAGAAAGUACAACCACUGGCACCACCACUUUAGAAAGUACAACUACAGAAAGCACCACAACAGACACUACAACAGCAGAAAGCACAACAACUGAGACCACACCAGCAGAAAGCACCACCUCUGGGACAACAAGCAAGACUACAACAAGAGAAAGUACCACCACAGGUACCACAACACCAGAAAGCACAACAACUGAAGGCACCACCACUACAGAAAGUAUUACCAUAGAAACCACGACUCCAGAAAGCACCACAAUGACAGAAAGUACAACUACUGACACCACCACUUCAGAAAGUACAACAACAGAAAGCACUACAACAGAAAGUACCACCCUUGCUACUACAACUCCAGAAAGUACAACAAUGGAAAGCACAACAACAGAAAGCACCACUACAGGUACCACAACACCAGCAAGCACAACAAUUGAGACCACAACACCAGAAAGCACAACAACUGAGACCACAACAAUAGAAAGCACCACCACAGGUACCACAACAACUGAGACAACAAUGGAAAGCACCACCACAGGCACCACAACAGACACCAUAACAACAGAAAGCAUCACAACUGGGACCACAACACCAGAAAGCACAACAACUGAGACCACAACAAUAGAAACAAGCACAAGUACCACAACACCAGAAAGCACAACAACAGAAAGCACCACCACAGAUACCACAACACCAAAAAGCACAGCAACUGAGACCACAACAAUAGAAAGUACCACCACAGGCAUCACAACAGAAACCAUAACAACAGAAAGUACAACCACUGGGACCACCACAGCAGAAAGCACAACAACUGAGACCACACCACCAGAAAGCACCACCUCUGGGACAACAAGCAAGACUACAACAAGAGAAAGUACCACCACAGGUACCACAACACCAGAAAGCACAACAACUGAAGGCACCACCACUACAGAAAGUAUUACUAUAGAAACCACAACAACAGAAAGCACUACUACUGGUACCACGACUCCAGAAAGCACCACAAUGACAGAAAGUACAACUACUGACACCACCACUUCAGAAAGUACAACAACAGAAAGCACUACAACAGAAAGUACCACCCUUGCUACUACAACUCCAGAAAGUACAACAAUGGAAAGCACAACAACAGAAAGCACCACUACAGGUACCACAACACCAGCAAGCACAACAAUUGAGACCACAACACCAGAAAGCACAACAACUGAGACCACAACAAUAGAAAGCACCACCACAGGUACCACAACAACUGAGACGACAACAAUUGAAAGUACCACCACAGGCACCACAACACCAAAAAGCACAACAACUGAGGCCAUAACAGUAGAAAGUACCACCACAGGCACCACAACAGACACCAUAACAACAGAAAGCAUCACAACUGGGACCACAACACCAGAAAGCACAACAACUGAGACCACAACAAUAGAAACCAGCACAAGUACCACAACACCAGAAAGCACAACAACAGAAAGCACCACCACAGAUACCACAACACCAAAAAGCACAGCAACUGAGACCACAACAAUAGAAAGUACCACCACAGGCAUCACAACAGAAACCAUAACAACAGAAAGUACAACCACUGGGACCACCACAGCAGAAAGCACAACAACUGAGACCACACCACCAGAAAGCACCACCUCUGGGACAACAAGCAAGACUACAACAAGAGAAAGUACCACCACAGGUACCACAACACCAGAAAGCACAACAACUGAAGGCACCACCACUACAGAAAGUAUUACUAUAGAAACCACAACAACAGAAAGCACUACUACUGGUACCACGACUCCAGAAAGCACCACAAUGACAGAAAGUACAACUACUGACACCACCACUUCAGAAAGUACAACAACAGAAAGCACUACAACAGAAAGUACCACCCUUGCUACUACAACUCCAGAAAGUACAACAAUGGAAAGCACAGCAACAGACAGCACCACUACAGGUACCACAACACCAGCAAGCACAACAACCGAGACCACAACACCAGAAAGCACAACAACUGAGACCACAAAAAUAGAAAGUACCACCACAGGCAACACAAAAGAAAGCGUAACAACAGAAAGCACCACAACUGGGACCACAACACCAGAAAGCACAACAACUGAGACAACAACAACAACAGAAACCACCAGCACAGGUACCACAACACCAGAAAGCACAACAACAGAAAGCACCACCACAGGUACCACAACACCAGAAAGCACAACAACUGAGACCACAACAAUAGAAACCAGCACAGGUACCACAAGAACUGAGACCACAACAAUUGAAAGUACCACCACAGGCACCACAACAGACACCAUAACAACAGAAAGCACCACAACUGGGACCACAACACCAGAAAGCACAACAACUGAGACUAUAACAGUAGAAAGUACCACCACAGGCACCACAACAGACACCAUAACAACAGAAAGCACCACAACUGGGACCACAACACCAGAAAGCACAACAACUGAGACCACAACAAUAGAAACCAGCACAGGUACCACAACACCAGAAAGCACAACAACAGAAAGCACCACCACAGCUACCACAACACCAGAAAGCACAACAACUGAGACCACAACAACAGAAACCACCACAGGUACCACAACACCAGAAAGCACAACAAGCGAGACCACAACACCAGAAAGCACAACAACUGAGAACACAACAAUAGAAAGCACCACCACAGGUACCACAACACCAAAAAGCACAACGACUGAGACCACAACAAUAGAAAGUACGGCCACAGGUACCACAACACCAGAAAGCACAACAACUGAGACCACAACAAUAGAAACCCCCACAGGUACCACAACAGCAGAAAGCACAACAACUGAGACCACAACAAUAGAAAACACCACAGGUACCACAACACCAGAAAGCACAACAAGUGAAACCACAACACCAGAAAGGACAACAACUGAGACCUCAACAAUAGAAAGUACCACCACAGGCACCACAACACCAGAAAGCACAACAACUGAGACCACAACAAUAGAAAACACCACAGGUACCACAACACCAGAAAGCACAACAAGUGAAACCACAACACCAGAAAGGACAACAACUGAGACCUCAACAAUAGAAAGUACCACCACAGGCACCACAACACCAGAAAGCACAACAACUGACACCACAACAAUAGAAAGCAUCACCACAGGUACCACAACACCAGAAAGCACAACAACUGAGACCACAACAACAGAAAGAACAACAACUGAGACCACAACAACAGAAAGCACAACAACUGAGACCAUAACAAUAGAAAGCACCACCACCGGUAUCACAACACCAGAAAGCACAACAACUGAGACCACAACAAUUGAAAGUACCACCACAGGCACCACAACACCUGAAAGCAUAACAACAGAGACUACAACAAUAGAAAGUACCACCACAGGUACCACUACACCAGAAAGCACAACCACUGACACCACAACAAUAGAAAGUACCACCACAGGCACCACAACACCAGAAAGCACAACAACUGAGACCACAAAAAUAGAAACAACCACAGGUACCACAACACCAGAAAGCACAACAACUGAAACCACUACAAUAGAAAGUACCACCAGAGGCACCACAACACCAGAAAGCACAAUAACAACUGAUACCACAACAAUAGAAACCGCCACAGGUACCACAACACCACAAAGCACAACAAGUGAGACCACAACAACAGAAAGCACCACCACAGAUACCACAACACCAGAAAGCACAACAACUGAGACCACAACAAAAGAAAGUACCACCACAGGCACCACAACAGACACCAUUACACCAGAAAGCACAACAACAGAAAGCACCACCACAGGUACCACAACACCAGAAAGCACAACAACUGAGACCACAACAAUAGAAACCAGCACAGGUACCACAACACCAGAAAGCUCAAGAACAGAAAGCACCACCACAGGUGCCACAACACCAGAAAGCACAACAACUGAGACCACAACAAUAGAAACCACCACAGGUACCACAACACCAGAAAGCACCACAACAGAAACCGUAACAACAGAAAGUACCACCACAGGCACCACAACAGAAACCGUAACAACAGACAGCACCACCACUGGGACCACAACACAAGAAAGCACAACAACUGAGACCACAACAACAGAAACCACCACCACAGGUACCACAACACCAGAAAGCACAACAACUGAGACCACAACAAUAGAAACCAGCACAGGUACCAUAACACCAGAAAGCACAACAACAGAAAGCAUCACCACAGGUACCACAACACCAGAAAGCACAACAACUGAGACCACAACAAUAGAAACCACCACAGGUACCACAACACCAGAAAGCACAACAAGUGAGACGACAACACCAGAUAGCACAACAACUGACACCACAACAAUAGAAAGUACCACCACAGGUACCACAACACCAGAAAGCACAACAACUGAGACCACAACAAUAGAAACCGCCACAGGUACCACAACACCAGAAAGCACAACAACUGAGACCACAACAAAAGAAAGUACCACCACAGGCACCACAACAGACACCAUUACACCAAAAAGCACAACAACAGAAAGCACCACCACAGGUACCACAACACCAGAAAGCACAACAACUGAGACCACAACAAUAGAAACCAGCACAGGUAACACAACACCAGAAAGCACAACAACAGAGAGCACCACCAAAAGUGCCACAACACCAGAAAGCACAACAACUCAGACCACAACAAUAGAAACCACCACAGGUGCCACAACACCAGAAAGCACAACAACUGAGACCACAACAAUAGAAACCACAACAGGUACCGCAACACCAGAAAGCACAACAAGUGAGACCACAACACUAGAAAGCACAACAACUGCGACCACAGCAACAGAAAGCACCACCACAGAUACCACAAUACCAGAAAGCACAACAACUGAGUCCACAACAAUAGAAAGCACAACAACUGAGACCACAAUAGUAGAAAGUACCACCACAGGCACCACAACACCAGAAAGCACAACAACUGAGACAACAACAAUAGAAAGCACCACCACAGGUAUCACAACACCAGAAAGCACCACAACAGAAACCGUAACAACAGAAAGUACCACCACAGGCACCACAACAGAAACCGUAACAACAGACAGCACCACCACUGGGACCACAACACAAGAAAGCACAACAACUGAGACCACAACAACAGAAACCACCACCACAGGUACCACAACACCAGAAAGCACAACAACAGACAGCACCACCACAGGUACCACAAUAGCAGAAAGCACAACAACUGAGACCACAACAAUAGAAACCAGCACAGGUACCAUAACACCAGAAAGCACAACAACAGAAAGCAUCACCACAGGUACCACAACACCAGAAAGCACAACAACUGAGACCACAACAAUAGAAACCACCACAGGUACCACAACACCAGAAAGCACAACAAGUGAGACGACAACACCAGAUAGCACAACAACUGACACCACAACAAUAGAAAGUACCACCACAGGUACCACAACACCAGAAAGCACAACAACUGAGACCACAACAAUAGAAACCACCACAGGUACCACAACACCAGAAAGCACAACAACAGAGACCACAACAACAGAAAGCACCACCACAAGUACCACAACACCAGAAAGCACAACAACUGAGACCACAACAAUAGAAAGCACCACUACCGGUAUCACAACACCAGAAAGCACAACAACUGAGACCACAAGAAUUGAAAGUACCACCACAGGCACCACAACACCAGAAAUCACAACAACUGAAACCACAAAAAUAGAAAGCACCACCACAGGUACCACAACACCAGAAAGCACAACAAGUGAGACGACAACACCAGAUAGCACAACAACUGACACCACAACAAUAGAAAGUACCACCACAGGUACCACAACACCAGAAAGCACAACAACUGAGACCACAACAAUAGAAACCACCACAGGUACCACAACACCAGAAAGCACAACAACAGAGACCACAACAACAGAAAGCACCACCACAAGUACCACAACACCAGAAAGCACAACAACUGAGACCACAACAAUAGAAAGCACCACUACCGGUAUCACAACACCAGAAAGCACAACAACUGAGACCACAAGAAUUGAAAGCACCACCACAGGUAUCACAACACCAGAAAGCACAACAACUGAGACCACAAGAAUUGAAAGUACCACCACAGGCACCACAACACCAGAAAUCACAACAACUGAAACCACAAAAAUAGAAAGCACCACCACAGGUACCACAACACCAGAAAGCACAACAACUGACACCACAGCAAUAGAAAGUACCACCACAGGUACCACAACACCAGAAAGCACAACAACUGAGACCACAACAAUAGAAAGCACAACAAUUGAGACCACAACAAUAGAAAACACCACCACCGGUGUCACAACACCAGAAAGCACAACAACUGAGACCACAACAAUUGAAAGUACCACCACAGGCACCACAACACCAGAAAGCACAACAACGGAGACCACAACAAUACAAAGUACCACUACAGGUACCACAACACCAGAAAGCACAACAACUGACACCACAACAAUAGAAAGCACCACAUCGGACAGUACGACAACAGAAAGCACCACCACCGGUACCACAAUAGGUACCACAACAGCAGAAAGCACAACAACUGAGACCACAACAAUAGAAACCAGCACAGGUACCAUAACACCAGAAAGCACAACAACAGAAAGCAUCACCACAGGUACCACAACACCAGAAAGCACAACAACUGAGACCACAACAAUAGAAACCACCACAGGUACCACAACACCAGAAAGCACAACAAGUGAGACGACAACACCAGAUAGCACAACAACUGACACCACAACAAUAGAAAGUACCACCACAGGUACCACAACACCAGAAAGCACAACAACUGAGACCACAACAAUAGAAACCACCACAGGUACCACAACACCAGAAAGCACAACAACAGAGACCACAACAACAGAAAGCAUCACCACAAGUACCACAACACCAGAAAGCACAACAACUGAGACCACAACAAUAGAAAGCACCACCACCGGUAUCACAACACCAGAAAGCACAACAACUGAGACCACAAGAAUUGAAAGUACCACCACAGGCACCACAACACCAGAAAUCACAACAACUGAAACCACAACAAUAGAAAGCACCACCACAGGUACCACAACACCAGAAAGCACAACAACUGAGACCACAACAAUAGAAAGUACCACCACAGGUACCACAACACAAGAAAGCACAACAACUGAGACCACAACAACAGAAACCACCACAGGUACCACGACAUCAGAAAGCACAACAAGUGAGACAACAACAACAGAAAGCACCACCACAGGCACCACAACACCAGAAAGAACAACAACUGAAACCACAGCAAUAGAAAGUACCACCAGAGGUACCACAACACCAGAAAGCACAACAACUGAGACCACAACAAUAGAAACCACCACAGGUACCACAACACCAGAAAGCACAACAACUGAGACCACAACAAUAGAAACCACCACAGGUACCACAACACCAGAAAGCACAACAAGUGAGACCACAACACCAGAAAGCACAACAACUGAGACCACAACAAUAGAAACCACCACAAGUACCACAACACCAGAAAGCACAACAACUGAGACCACAACAAUAGAAAGUACCACCACUGUCACCACAACAGACAUAACAACAACAGAAAGCACUACCACAGGUACCACAACACCAGAAAGCACAACAACCGAGACCACAACAAUAGAAACCACCACAGGUCCCACAACACCAGAAAGCACAACAACUCACACCACAACAAUAGAAAGUACCACCACAGGUACCACAACACCAGAAAGCACAACAACUGAGACCACAACAACAGAAAUCAGCACAGGUACCACAACACCAGAAAGCACAACAACUGACACCACAACAAUAGAAAGUACCACCACAGGUACCACAACACCAGAAAGCACAACAACUGAGACCACAACAAUAGAAACCACCACAGGUACCACGACAUCAGAAAGCACAACAAGCGAGACAACAACAACAGAAAGCACCACCACAAGUACCAAAACACCAGAAAGCACAACAACUGAGACCACAACAAUAGAAAGCACCACCACCGGUAUCACAACACCAGAAAGCACAACAACUGAGACCAAAAGUACAACAACAGAAAGCACAACUGAAACCACAACACCAGAAAGUACAACAAUAACAGAAAGUACCACGAUGGGCAGUACAACAACAGAAAGCACCACAAUGGAUACUACAACAACAGCAAUUACCACAACUGGUAGCACAACUCUAGAAAGUACAACAACGGAGACGGCAACAUCAGAAAGCACAACAACAGGAGGAACAACAGACAGCACCACCACCGGUACCACAACAGCAGAAAGCACCACAACUGAGAGAACAACAGAUAUUAACACAAGCCUUGAUUAG